GUUGGCUACACUGUAAAACGGCCAUCAAGUUUUCGUGGAUUGCCGCCGAUUGCGAGUAGAGAGUAGAAUAUAGUUUCAACUUUCAAGUGAGAGUGAGUUGAUAUUGACCUAAAGCAAACAUGCCCAAGAAGACGAAGGAUGAAGAUUCAUCAUCGUCAGAUUCUGGCCCAGACGAUGUGAAUCCACCACCAUCUAAAAAGAGUAAGGGUGCCAGUUCAGCACCAAAAGGGAAAAGUGGUGGGGGAGGUGGUGGGGGCAGUGGUGAUGAUGAGCACAAGUGGCUGUUGGAAAAGAAGAGGUUUGUCACUGUGCGUGAAUUUAGGGGCCAAGUUUAUGUGGAUAUCAGAGAGUACUAUGAAAAUGAUGGUGAACUAAAACCAGGAAAGAAAGGAAUUAGCCUGACAGCAAGUGCUUGGCGGAAAUUGCUGUCCUUGUCCGAUGACAUAGAUGAAGCCCUGAAGCAGAUGUGCUAGUUCUUGCCACUGCACACAAUGAUUUUGCUAUGAUACAUCUAUUAAUUGUUGAUCAUUGUGAUUGAUGUGUGGUCUGGAUAAUAAUGUAAUCUUUUUUAAAAAACAGUUUGUUAUAUAAUGUGUGUGGGCUGUAUUGAACUUGUGUGUUUCUCUUUUAAUGUGAACUGAUUUAUGUGAAAUAAAUGUAAGUACCUUAA